GCGCGCCGGCCCGGCCUUGCGUGCUCACGUGACAGGUCCGCGAGGCCCCGGCUCUUGCAGACGUCCAGGCCAGUGAAGAUGGCGGCCGAGAGGGAACCUCCUCCGCUGGGGGACGUGAAGCCCACCGACUUUGAGGAGCUGGAGGACGGAGAGGACCUGUUCACCAGCACUGUCUCCACCCUUGAGUCAAGUCCAUCAUCUCCCGAACCAGCCAGUCUUCCUGCAGAAGAUAUUAGUGCAAACUCUAAUGGCUCCAAACCUGUAGAAGUUGUCCUAGAUGAUGACAGAGAAGAUCUUUUCGCAGAAGCCACAGAAGAGGUAUCUUUGGACAGUCCAGAAAGAGAGCUCAUCCUGUCCUCCGAGCCGUCUCCUGCGGUCACUCCUGUCACUCCCACCACACUCAUUGCUCCUAGAAUCGAAUCAAAGAGUAUCUCUGCUCCAGUCAUCUUUGACAGAUCCAGGGAAGAGAUUGAAGAAGAAGCAAAUGGAGAUAUUUUUGAUAUAGAAAUUGGUGUGUCAGAUCCAGAAAAAGUUGGUGAUGGCAUGAAUGCUUACAUGGCAUAUAGAGUAACAACAAAGACUUCUCUUUCCAUGUUCAGUAAGAGUGAAUUUUCAGUCAAGAGAAGAUUCAGUGACUUUCUUGGUUUGCAUAGCAAAUUAGCAGGCAAAUAUUUACAUGUUGGUUACAUUGUGCCUCCCGCUCCAGAAAAGAGUAUAGUAGGUAUGACCAAGGUCAAAGUAGGUAAAGAAGACUCAUCAUCCACUGAGUUUGUAGAAAAACGAAGAGCGGCACUGGAAAGGUAUCUUCAAAGAACAGUAAAGCAUCCGACAUUGCUUCAGGAUCCUGACUUAAGGCAGUUUUUGGAAAGCUCAGAGCUGCCGAGAGCAGUUAAUACGCAGGCUCUGAGUGGAGCAGGAAUAUUGAGGAUGGUGAACAAGGCUGCCGACGCUGUCAACAAAAUGACAAUCAAGAUGAAUGAAUCGGAUGCAUGGUUUGAAGAAAAGCAACAGCAAUUUGAGAAUCUUGACCAGCAACUUCGGAAACUUCAUGCCAGUGUUGAAGCCUUGGUCUGUCAUAGAAAAGAACUUUCAGCCAACACAGCCGCCUUUGCUAAGAGUGCUGCCAUGCUAGGUAAUUCUGAGGACCACACUGCGCUCUCUAGAGCUUUGUCUCAGCUGGCAGAGGUUGAGGAGAAGAUAGACCAGUUACAUCAAGAACAAGCUUUUGCCGACUUUUACAUGUUCUCAGAACUUCUUAGUGACUACAUUCGUCUCAUUGCUGCAGUGAAAGGUGUGUUUGACCAUCGGAUGAAAUGCUGGCAGAAAUGGGAAGAUGCCCAAAUUACCUUGCUCAAAAAACGUGAAACUGAGGCAAAAAUGAUGGUUGCUAACAAACCAGAUAAAAUUCAACAAGCUAAAAACGAGAUAAGAGAGGAAAUUGAAGAGUGGGAGGCGAAAGUACAACAAGGAGAGAGAGAUUUUGAGCAGAUCUCUAAAACAAUUCGAAAAGAAGUGGGAAGAUUUGAGAAAGAACGAGUGAAAGAUUUUAAAGCUGUUAUCAUCAAGUACUUGGAAUCAUUAGUACAAACACAGCAACAGCUGAUAAAGUACUGGGAGGCAUUCCUACCUGAAGCCAAAGCCAUUGCCUAGCCUUAGCCCUGUGAAGGAAACAUUGGAUUCCCCAGUGAGAUCAUCUAGAAACCAUCUAAAUAAACCACUCUAUAUUUUAUGAAUUACAUGUGGGUUUUUUAUAUAUAAAAACAUAUGCGCUGACAUUUUAUUACAAGCUGCAUGUCCUGACCUUCUUUGAAUUAAGUGGACUGUGGCAUGACAUUCUGCAAUAUUUUGCCGAAUUGAACACUAUUGUGUCUUAAAUACUUGCACUAAAAAGUGCACUGCAAGGCCAGAAAAUUUUACAAUCUUCUUUCUUUUAUGUUCUGUAGUGUGUUUACCCUCAUUAUGAAACAAAUUAGCAAUGCAUUGAUUAAUGUUCACUUAUACAUUCCUGUACAGAAAUUAUGAUUUUUGUGAUUAUAGUAAUAAAAUGAUAUUACUUGUGAAA